GGGACCAACCAUUCCUAUCCAUGCUAGAGGCGCAGCUGUAUUGCUCAGUAACUGACAAUUCUCCACUCUGGGUGCACCACUCACUCUGGGCUGAGCGAGCUUAAAUGAAGGCAGUUGAUGCAAUCACACUCAGCCCAGCUAGCAAUCAAUGGGCUUUCAGUUAGCCAUUUCUCUUCAUGCUCACAGGACAGAAGCUAGCAAGUAGAGCCACAACCGGAAAGGAAAGAGACAUGGCCUCCCUCCUAUCUACGCACAGUCAAAAGCAAUCACUUCUCUCCCCACCCCACCCCCACAGAAGAUGCCAGGCUGAUGCCCAGCCUGCCUGGCUCUUAUUUAUAUUCAAGAAUGCACAAGGCAACCCCACCCUCCAUUUCUCUCCGCUUCACCCUCAGUGAGCCAGGGAAAUAGAAGCUUGUCUUUAUUAAAUAUUUGAGGAAGACCCCUGUCCCAGAUAAACACGGCUGAGUGAAGGGUUGUGGCUUCAUUCCACCAUGCCCCAUUUCAAGCACAAUUAUCAACUAAACAUGGAUGGUUUGAGACACCCAUAAUGUGUUUUUUUUUGUUUUUUUUUUUGUUUUUGUUUUUUUAUUUUACAAUUUGAUCCAUUUUCCUAGUGUGCUUUGUUCUUCAUUUUUCUCCUGCCUCUUCCCUGCUCGCCUCCUUGGCCUGGAAGUGCUUAAAUUCACUUUCCACAGAAUAUCACCAAGCACCAGCAGUACUGGCUGCGCUGUGUAGCCCUAUCAACUUGACACAAGCUGACACCAGUUGAGAAAAUACCUCCAUAAGAUUGGACUGUAGGCAAGCUUGUAGUGCAUUUUCCUAGUGACUGAUGGAGGAGGGCCCAGUCCAUUGUGAGUGGUGUUAUUCCUGGGCCCAUGAUCCUGGCUGAGUAAACCAGUAAGUAGCAAUCUUCCAUGGCCUCUGCAAUCAGCUCCUGCCCUCAGGUUCUCUCCUGGCUUGGCUUCUCUCAGUGGGCUGUGAUUCAGGAUAUGUAAGCCAAAUAAACCCUUUCCUGUUCAAGUUGCCAUUGGUCAUGGUGUUUCAUCACAGCAGUAGUAACCCUAAGACACUUGCUCACCAGAUUGUAAAUGGGUCAGUGAAGAGCCUGGUCUACUGAUGGCUAUUCAGUUGCCUGCACUUGUUUAAAUGUAAAAGCUAUCUUUUCGUCAAGAGUCACAAUUAGGCAAUCUUGGAAAAGGAUAGUCCUUCGUGGCUUAUGGGAUAUGCUGUGAGCUAGUAUUUCAGGCGAUUUCCCUCUUUUAAAGUCUGCACUUGAGAUCUUACAUUCCUGAUCCUCUUGGGAUCACUGGCUGGUGUUACCAUGUCCAAGUUCAAGUAUGCACAUUGUCUUAAUGGAUUUGUAUUCUACAAUAAACGAAGCUGAUGCGAUGGCUCAUCUCUGUAAUUCCAGCACUCAGGAGCUGUGACAGGAGUAUUACCUCGAGUUUGGGACCACCCUAGGCCGAUUGGGACAAUGAACUUCUUGUUGGUAGAGGGUUGCUCUGUCCCAGGUUUAGAAUCCUCCAGGCAGACCUAAUAAAUAUUCAGCAGGCGCUCGGACAGCCCAGCCCCAAGUGCGCCCUUUGCAUACAUAUCCAUUCCAGCUACCCCUUCACAAGCAGUUUUACUUGGUAAUUUACAAAUGUUCUGGCUGAACUCUACACCUGCCAGUAUUUCAGCAAUUAGCUUAGGAUGCAAAAUGAUUUCUAAGUUAAGGUUCUGGACAUGUAAAAUCAAGAGAGCCCGAUCAUCUUCGGGCACCACAGCUCUGAUAGCCAACGAAUAACAUCACAAACCAGGGCAAGCCCUUUGGCAUCUUACCGGGUUAUUACGACUGUCAUACAAAUCUAUAUAAUAAGCAGGUGAACUGCAGGUCAAAGAUCGAAGGGAUGUAAGAGAGCCGGCAAUCAGUUAUUCAAAACCGCUCCCUUUUACCGACUCGGAACUGAGCGAGGGUUAGGGUUUGGGCAUUUUAGUGGCAUAAACGACUAGAAUGACAUUUUGGUCAGGUGAAAGGUUAAACGGGAAAGAGGCUGAUAAAAAGCCAGCAAACCCCCCACCCCCAAAUGCCUGUGGGUCCAGGUAGCUAGACAAGGAGCUACCUCUGUACCUGCUAAGGUGGCAUGGGGGUGGGGGUGGGGAGCGCUCCGUGCCGGGUUCCUUCGGGGCACAACUUCCAUCCCAGAAAGAGGAAAGCAUGAGCAGAGAAGCGUGAGUGGGUGGAGGAAGGUGGGGAGAGGAGGAGGCCCGGCACCACGAGCGGAAGGAGAGGAGGAGAAAAAAGAGGGAGGAGGAAGCAGAGGAAAAGGGAGGAAAAAGAAGCGGGCGGCGGAGGAGAAGGACCCGCCCCUCCCGGCUUCUUCCUGGGCUGGGCAUCUCCAGGGCCUCUCCCCGACCGCCGCCCUCGGCAGUUGGCGGGGCUCACAGGGGCCCCCCAGUCUGCGUGUCCAGCUCUGUGCAGCGGAGCGCAGAGGCCCAAGGCUCGCCCGGCGCGCGUCCCCGUCCCGCGCGCUCCUACUCCAGGCCGCGCGCGCGCGUGCACACAUACACACGCUAGCUCUCCGGGCAUGCGCAGUGGGCGGCGCCGCUCCGGGCCGCCUCUUGCCGCCGCGAGUAGGAAGCGCGAGCGCCGGGCGCCGGGCUGUCAGUGAGCGUGGGGCCAGCCAGCGAGCCAGAGAGCCGGAGAGAGCCAGAGAGAGCGGCUCGGCUCCCAGCUCCGAGUAGCGCAGCGCCCGCCCGGCUCUCCCGGGCCACCGCCGCCACCACCGCACCUCAUCAGCACCGCCACCUCGGCCGCCGCCCCCGCCCACCCCGGCCCUCCCCGGCUGCUGCUCCCCGGCGGAGGCAAGAGGUGGUUGGGGGGAACCAUGGCUGACGUUUACCCGGCCAACGACUCCACGGCGUCUCAGGACGUGGCCAACCGCUUCGCCCGCAAAGGGGCGCUGAGGCAGAAGAACGUGCAUGAGGUGAAAGACCACAAAUUCAUCGCCCGCUUCUUCAAGCAACCCACCUUCUGCAGCCACUGCACCGACUUCAUCUGGGGGUUUGGGAAACAAGGCUUCCAGUGCCAAGUUUGCUGUUUUGUGGUUCAUAAGAGGUGCCAUGAGUUCGUUACGUUCUCUUGUCCGGGUGCGGAUAAGGGACCUGACACUGACGACCCCAGGAGCAAGCACAAGUUCAAAAUCCACACAUACGGAAGCCCUACCUUCUGUGAUCACUGUGGGUCCCUGCUCUAUGGACUUAUCCACCAAGGGAUGAAAUGUGACACCUGCGACAUGAAUGUUCACAAGCAGUGUGUGAUCAAUGUCCCUAGCCUCUGCGGAAUGGAUCACACAGAGAAGAGGGGGCGGAUUUAUCUGAAGGCUGAGGUCACUGAUGAAAAGCUCCACGUCACGGUACGAGAUGCAAAAAAUCUAAUCCCUAUGGAUCCAAAUGGGCUUUCGGAUCCUUAUGUGAAGCUGAAACUUAUCCCUGACCCCAAGAAUGAGAGCAAACAGAAAACCAAAACCAUCCGCUCCACACUGAAUCCUCAGUGGAAUGAGUCCUUCACGUUCAAAUUAAAACCUUCAGACAAAGACCGGCGACUGUCUGUAGAAAUCUGGGACUGGGAUCGGACGACUCGGAAUGACUUCAUGGGAUCCCUUUCCUUUGGUGUCUCAGAGCUAAUGAAGAUGCCGGCCAGUGGAUGGUAUAAACUGCUCAACCAAGAAGAGGGCGAAUACUACAAUGUGCCCAUUCCAGAAGGAGAUGAAGAAGGCAACAUGGAACUCAGGCAGAAGUUUGAGAAAGCCAAGCUAGGCCCUGCUGGUAACAAAGUCAUCAGCCCUUCAGAAGACAGAAAGCAACCAUCCAACAACCUGGACAGAGUGAAACUCACAGACUUCAACUUCCUCAUGGUGCUGGGGAAGGGGAGUUUUGGGAAGGUGAUGCUUGCUGACAGGAAGGGAACGGAGGAACUGUACGCCAUCAAGAUCCUGAAGAAGGACGUGGUGAUCCAGGACGACGACGUGGAGUGCACCAUGGUGGAGAAGCGCGUGCUGGCCCUGCUGGACAAGCCGCCAUUUCUGACACAGCUGCACUCCUGCUUCCAGACAGUGGACCGGCUGUACUUCGUCAUGGAAUACGUCAACGGCGGGGACCUCAUGUACCACAUUCAGCAAGUCGGGAAAUUUAAGGAGCCACAAGCAGUAUUCUACGCAGCCGAGAUCUCCAUCGGACUGUUCUUCCUUCAUAAAAGAGGGAUCAUUUACAGGGAUCUGAAGCUGGACAAUGUCAUGCUGGACUCAGAAGGGCACAUCAAAAUCGCCGACUUUGGGAUGUGCAAGGAACACAUGAUGGAUGGAGUCACGACCAGGACCUUCUGUGGGACUCCGGACUACAUUGCCCCAGAGAUAAUCGCUUACCAGCCGUACGGGAAGUCUGUAGAUUGGUGGGCGUACGGUGUGCUGCUGUACGAGAUGCUAGCCGGGCAGCCUCCGUUUGAUGGUGAAGAUGAAGAUGAACUGUUUCAGUCUAUAAUGGAGCACAACGUGUCCUACCCCAAAUCCUUGUCCAAGGAAGCCGUCUCUAUCUGCAAAGGACUUAUGACCAAACACCCUGCCAAGCGGCUGGGCUGCGGGCCCGAGGGAGAGAGGGAUGUCAGAGAGCAUGCCUUCUUCAGGAGAAUCGACUGGGAGAAACUGGAGAACAGGGAGAUCCAACCACCAUUCAAGCCCAAAGUGACUUUCUGUACCAAAAUGCACUGGCUUCAGUGGGCAUCCAGGCCUUCGUGUGGCAAAGGAGCAGAAAACUUUGACAAGUUCUUCACGCGAGGACAGCCUGUCUUAACACCACCAGAUCAGCUGGUCAUUGCUAACAUAGACCAAUCUGAUUUUGAAGGGUUCUCGUAUGUCAACCCCCAGUUUGUGCACCCAAUCUUGCAAAGUGCAGUAUGAAACUCAAAAAUGAAAGAUCAAAUGCCUCCCCAGCCCCCAGCAUCCCCAGCAGUGGGAAAUGAUCCUUAACCAUAAAAAUUUAAGGCUAUGGCCUUGUAUUUUGUUCCACACAGAGGCCUGGAAAUUCUAGGGACAUUAGUCAAUACAUGAUCAACUUUUUUCCUCACCCCCCAACCAAAAGCAUUAUCUUAGUGGAUGAUGACAUAAAGUACAGAGUAUAGUUUAAUUAUGUAGAAGUCAUGUCAGCUACAAGUUGAUUCUUCCUAAAAAAAAUCAAAGCGACUUGGACCCUAUUUUUUUUGUACGAUUUGAUAUAUUCUCCAUACUUUCCAUUUCUUGGAUUUUCACUAUCAGAAUCGACCAGAGAUAGUAAAGUGAACUCACCCUAACUCAAGGAAACUCAAGGAAACACUUCCACCCAAGAUGUCUUUGGAACAAAAGAACAGGAAGUCCAAAGAGAAAGCAAAGAGAGGUUGGGGGCUCAUAUAUUCAAGACCACAUAGCUUCUAUUCUCCUUUUCAAUGGAAACAGUCCCUAGACUCAGAGAGGGCAGGAUGAACCUGAUCACUGUUCCCAGUCAUCAUAGCACAACCAUAGUGCACAGUUUAAGAAGGAAAGAAAACUUCAGACAAAUAUUCACUGAAUCUACCAUCUGUAAUCCCCUGCUUGGUUGAUAACAAUCUCUAUAACUCAUUCUUUUUAAGAGGCCAAAUCAUCUAAGGACUUUGCUAAACAAGCAUGUGAAAUCAUUUCAGAUCAAGGAUAAACCAUGUGUACGUUCAUUCUAAUCUCUGGGAGAUGACUCUUCAAUCCAGGGUGCCAUCAGUAAUCAUGCCACUGUUCACGAGUGUUGUUAGCCAACCCCACACACACAAUAUUUUGCUACCUUUGUAGGUACCCUUCCUAAGAAGCUGAAAUGUAUGACCCCAUCCCCCCCCCUUUUUUUACUAUUUAUUUAAUAAGCUGCAGUGUCGUUUAUGGAAGUACAAUGUAUAGUAAUUUAGUCAAAGUAUUGACUAGCCUCAGUCCCUCUAGAUUGAUUUUCCUCCUUUCUCUCGCCCCACAUCCACUUAGAGAUGAAAAAGAGCAUAGUUUGGGUUCCCAUUCUCAGUUCCUAUUGAACGGCACAUGUGGAACUGUAGGAUCAAGAUACUUUAUGCUGAUAUCAACUCAAAGAUGUUGUCUUGCUAGAAGGAUUUUAAUAUGUUUUGCGAGUGCAUCAUGCAAUGGAUUUUGCAUGUUUAUAAUAAACCUUAAUAACGAGUUAAUCUAUAUUAUUGAUAUAAUUGUAUCAACUAUAAAGAGUAUUAUGAUAAUUUUUAUAAGACACAAUUGUGCUAUAUUUGUGACGCUCAUGUUUCCAGUCUGCUUUAAGAUUAAGUGUUAGCUUUAUUCAUUGCUGCUGGGCUCUCACCCGCUACUCCACACACUGGCACUCUAUCAGAUAUAUUAAUUUUUUAAUGUAGAUGUAAUUUUAAAAAUGAAUGGCUACUUUACACGUUUAACUAGGGUUUUACUAUAUAUGUGUACAUAUGUAUAUAUAUAUAUAUAUAUAUUUGAUUCUACCUACAAACCCCGGUUUUGUUUGUGGGGAUUAUUUUUUGAGAUAAGACUCUGUUAACUUCUUCAUGUUAUCCUCUGUUCAAGUUCCUUUAUCACCCCUUCUCUUGGGGACAGCUGAAUAUAUUUAAUUCCAGUAUUCCUGAUAUGUUCAUAUAUAUGUGGCAUUGUUACAGCACCUAGGCUGAAUUGUGUGUGUGUGUGUGUCUGUCUGUCUGUCUGUCUGUCUGUCUGGUACUUUUCAGCCUAUGUCUUUGGGGUCUCUAGGGAUGAAGGGGUGAGAGAACUCCUUUCUGUGUGUGCAUAUGGACACCCAAAAAUAUGUAGUCUGUCUUUCUGCCCCAGAAUAACUCACUGUGUACUUCAGAACACACAGAAUCCUUGAGACAAACUUUAUCUCCAUGCCUGUGUAGAGCCAUCUCUGAAGCUGUUGCCAACAGACUCUCUUCAGAGGCACAUACUGUCUUAAAGCGGUUCCUAGAACAUUCCGGUCUUUGAAGAGCAUGCCUUUGUCCAAAUGCCUCCUAAUACAAGGUGUUUAGAAGAGGCAGGCUUCUGCAGCAUAAAGGAUAAGUGAAAAAGGAGUUCCUACCAGUCCUUAGAGAAGGCACCUCUAUCGAAAUCAUCUCACAGCUAGGCUCUCCUCUUUGUUAUUCUCCACCUAUCUGCUUGACAGUCACAUACCCUGCAACCCACCAAGAGUCUUUGAGAUACGGAGCAUAGGCUGUUCUGAAAAUCCCUAAUCAGAAGGAGAUAUGGAGUCGAGAGUGGGCCAAACCAGAAAAGAGCAGUUUCUUCUGCAAUCUUUCAUGAAUUCUGGACUUCAGACCUCAAAAAGUGGGGAAGGGUGUCAUAUAUGGAUCUCAGAAGUCAAGUUCACCAUCUUGGUAACCUAGCCUUAUCAAAAACACUGUACUCAGUCCAACUGUAAAGGAACUGGCUUAUCAAUGAGCCUUGGAAGUGAAAGCAUUGCUCUUCCCAGGUGGGACAGCAACAGGAAGCUGAACCUCUCAAAGUGGGGGAAACCACAGAGAAGGAGCACAGGGUUCGUAGACAAUCCACCCUGAGGUGCCAAGCUGCCUGACUCUCAUGCCAGUAGCAGGCUUGGGUUCUUCCUUAAACCGCCAGCAUCCAGCUCCGAGUGAUUCAACUUCUCUAGAAAAUGUGUGCGGUUCCUUGGAUGGCUUGUACGCUUAGAGAAUACCCACCAACAUUCUCACACUGGAGGAGGGAAAUAACAGAGCCACAGACCAGCAAUUGCCUAAGGAACAGAACACUGGAGAACAAACUUAGGAGAGAUGAUAAAAAUUUAAGGACGUGUUCAUGAUGCUGCCUAUUCUAUACACUGCUGAGGGUUAAAUUCAGAUGAAGGCUAGUACUUUAAAGAUCUGGACAGCAGAGACAACUUUUGCUACAAAACUAACUCACCUGGAUAACCACUAGCAGCUGUUAGGCAGGAUCAAUUGAUACUAUUCUACAUCCUUGUCCCACUUCACAGACCUUGUAUGAAACAGGGCUACAGGGAAACAUCUGCCAUUUGAACUGAAGCAACCAAGCAGGAGGCCAGAACCAGGAGGGUGCCUUGAAGGGUUUAAUCCCCAGGGGCAGGGGUGGGAACUAUUUAGAAUGUACCUGCUCUCAGGCUGUGCCUGCAUUGGCAGGGUCUGUGGAGGAGAACCUAGCACAAUCCAAGUCUCCACAGGGACCCAUCAGGCCGUGACCCAGAAAAUCCAUUGAAAUAAUUUUGUAUUAUAUUCCCCUGGAAGGUGGCCAUUUCCCAGGAGCAGCUCUUCCCUGUUCCACCACAGGCCGGUGGGCUGCUAGCUCUGCCUUCAGUGUGGCAUCUAAAGUUACCUGGUGCUUGGGUUGAAUGGAAAGAGCUGGAGUAUGCUGCCAGGUGCAGCCCCAGGAGUUAAUGGGAGGCUUACCCCAGGCAGCAGCUAAUUCAGAAGGCAGAAGAGAAGCCCCAGGAGCUAAACUGAUUGCCCUUCACCCUCCUACCUCUGUGGCCUAGUUUGAGCUAGUAGCCUUUUCUUUAAUUUAGUCUUUUUUAUUAGUAAUUUGAGAAACUCAGGAGGCCCAGAGUUUUCCGGAAGCUUGGUCUGAGAUGGUCACGUGAAAGAUUACCAGAGGCCAGUAUUAACCCUCAAAUGUUGCUGCUCACAAGCUCCAGUUCUUAGCAAAUAAAUCAUGGUGGCUUGCCAACCCCAAAAGAGCCACUCAUCGAUGUAUCACAAAGAGGAGGAAGCAGAAGUCAACACCAUUAAAGAGCAGGGUUUGAGUGCACCCAGGAAGACAUGGAAGGUGGUGGAAAGGUUGUGUUAAUCUGCAUGGGCUUUCCACUGGGGGUCAUUGUGCAAAUGGAAGUUACUGUUCAUCAGCCUUCAAAGGUGUGGCUUUUUGCCAGAUACAACCUUUUGUUCGUUCUCAGACUCUCCCAACUGUAACAAGUCCUUUGCCCAGAGCCGAGCCAGCCAGCAGACCCUAGAAGCACUUAGUUCCAUCUUUAUCCCUCUGAUAAUUAUGGCUGCUGAGACUAGGUCCAGAAGUCACGAAAACAACCAACAACGACCUGCCAGCUUCUGCUCAGCAGAGAAAAAUAGGAAGGGUUUGUGCAGGGCUUUAUUUUCUCAAACGCCUCCACAAGGCAACACCACCUGACAGUCAUUUUCUCACCUUGGUCUUAUGAAAUCAUCUAUUUCUUGUGUGUACAUGUCACGCUGUUUCCUGUUUGUUUACAACCCUAGAAGGGUAGGGUUACCUGUCCCCAUGCCACGGCUGAGCACAUCAGUCACUCUCAGGAGAUGCGUGCUGAGCCAGGGACCUGAAAGGAUGCUGACCAUGGGGGGUUGGGGGGACAAUAGCAAGGAAGGAGACAGGUCCUCUGGUUAGCAGUGGGUCCACACUAACAUGACAGAGUGUUAGGAAACUGGUUUUAAAAUUGUUUUCCAUGAACUGCUGUUAACAAAAUGUGCUGGACAGUCAACACCCCUGCCACAUCUCACUGGGCCAGCGUAGCAAAUCUAGAAGAAGCAGAUACUUUCUGCUGUCAGAAUAAUCCAGAAAAUCAGGAAAGGGUGCUUGAGGCAUGCACAGACACAGUGUUCUAGAAACGGUGUCUAAUGCUGUCCCAGGGAUGAUACAGCAAUGGUUAAAAAGUGUGGUUGGCUCAGCAUUCGUGUGGUCAGGUGUCAGUCAAUGAACAGAAGACACACCAGGUUGUUAAACAGCCUUACUGUGACCCUCCUCAGAAGCCCACAAGUUCCAAAGACUUUUUUUAACCUAAAACAAGAAAUUAACUUAUUAACUCCAAGAGAGUACCUGGGUAUCCUGGGCUAUUUGUACUUUUUUAUAGAGGACUUUAAUAACUCAAUUCUUUUCAAGUGAGUUUUUAAAAUAAUAAAAAUUUCAUAAAUUUCCAAUUCCAUGCAACUUAUAGGAGGAUUUCACCCAGGUUGGAUAGAGCACCCACGAUCUGCAUUCCCACAGCGGGAUUUUCCCGUGCUAGUGAGGUCUGGAGUCCACAUUGGAUUGGCUGGCAUUUCCUAGCAGACACUAAAGAUAGCUGUGCAAGGUUUAGCUAUCGCUCAACUGUGGGGAUGACGGCUUUAUAGCUCCCCUUCCUGAUACAGCCCCCGGAAAGGAUUCUUGGGGAUCUACAGGACCCCACUCUUCACUGUAAGAGUCAGAGCAGGAAGGGGGUGCUUCUUCAACUCUGGCUCAAGUCCCCUCUGGUCUCUCAGUCUCUCGCAUUUGAUUAAAAUGGAGAGAUGCCCUCUAAGGAUUCUGCCCACUGGGCAAUUCAAGCCUCCUACCCCGAGAAGAGACAGCGCUGAGUGUGCCUGGGCAUCUGCGUCCAUGCCCAUGGAUGUGAGUAGACAGAACCCUACUUUUGAGAAAACGCCUAUCCAGCCCACUUUGUAAGAACCCCCUUUUUCUAAACUAUGACAAAAGGCGGCUUUGCACUUUCUGAUCAAACAACACUGUCUUUUGUCUCCUGCUUAACUUUUAAGACUAUUCUGUGACCGACGUUUGUAGAUUUUUUUUUUUGUUAAUAUUUUGCCUGGAAAAAUGUGACUCUCUCCUUGGGAGGUUUAGUAGACUAAUAAAAAUUAUACAUGAAGGUGGUUGCUAUUUUGAGGCUAAAGGUUUUUCUAAGAAUCGCCCUCGUAUCCUGACCGUGAAGGCUUUUCAGGAUACCUUUUAUAGACGAUCAGAUGCAUUCGAGCUGUGUUUCCUACAUGAUUUCUGUUUUGUUUUAUGAAGGACACGCCAUGUUUAAAUCUCUCAUUGGAAAAAAAAAAAAAAAACACCAUGCAAAACCCCAAAUUGGUUUGGAGGAAGGAGUGAAGGUGGAGGCUGUUGCCCGAAUGGGCCUUUACUGAUGAGCCAGGGGCUGAUCCACUGCUCGUUUGGUUACUGGGCAGGUGAGGUAGACAUGUAAAUUACUGCCUAGCUUUCUUGGAUUUGUGUAACCUCUACUCUCCGUUUGCAUGAUCCGCUCUGUUAGAUGCAUUCAUUGUAGUUCGGAAGCAAGCGUGUAUGAAUAAAGAUACUGAUCACUGCUGA